AUGGAUGAACAACAAAACCAUCAAAAUUUGAAUUCAGAUUUGGAAAGUAUAUACUCAUUUGAUUCUGUGGCAACAAAUGAAAGAUUACUAGACAGGUUAGAUUUUGAUACAGCAUCUGUGCGUUCAAACAAAUCAACAAACUACCGUGAUCGACUGUUAGAUCUGGGUAAUGGUCAACUUAACCCUAAAAGCUCAAGAUACCACGAUGUAAACUAUUACAACAAUUAUUUAAAUCAAAAUAGACACAAUGAUCUAAGUUCAAUUGUUAAAUUAAGAAAUCAGGAUCGUCACAAUGCUCGUAGUCAGAAUUCAAGUGGAAGAGAUGUAACUGGCAACAAUUUGAAAUUUUCAUCCUCAAGAUACAAUACAGCAAGUCCAAAUAUAAACACACGAGACACAAAUUCAUAUGCAAAACUAAAAACUAUCCCGAAACAUUCAAGCUUCUUUGCUAACAAUGCAACAUCAGAAGAUAUUUCUUCGGAAAUAGUGUCAUUGAAUUAUAAAUCAGUUGAGGAUUUACCAGCUUCAUCAUCAUCUAGUGCAAUCAAGUCUCUGAACAAAGAUAUGUUCAACCAUUAUACAGAUGAUUUGGCAAAAACAACUUCAAAAUUGAGUUUAUAUCCAUCAAAUCAAACAAGACCACCGCCACAUUUGUUUCAAACUCAACAAAGGAGUGUCUCUGGAUCGUCUAUGACAUCUAAUUCAUCAAUACCCAGCAAUAAUUCUAUAGAUCAUCCAGAUAUUGAUUUUGGAACUAAACCGUCCCACAGUGCAUCUAUACCAAGUCAACCCCUUAGAAUGUUCACGUCUAGAGAUGAGAUAUUCAUGCUAUCUAGAGGGAAUUCGCAUGAUAACAUCAAAAAUGAAGAGCAAUCUUCGCAGAUCUCCCAACCUCAAAUACAAACUCAAUUGACACAAUCGACAUUUCACAAGUCGAACUCAAGGUCUGCAGACUUGACACCAAAGGAAAAAUCUAUUAUUGCGUUGGAAUUGAGGAGCAAGGGAAAUCAUCGAGAAUCUUCAUAUCAACUACAAAUUUUGGCAAAUGAUCCAUUCAAUUAUCCGAAAGCGAUGUACCAUUAUGCGAUUGCAUUAAAAUAUGGAUAUGGUUUGAAACAAAAUUAUGCUUCUUCCGUAAAAUGGAUAUGCAAAUGCAUUUUGGUGAGCACUGUGGACGGUAAAGGGAAUCAUGAAACAGAACAACAACUCAAAUCGAAUCUUAUAGUCAAAUUAAAUAAAAUUACUCCUACAGAAAUUGUCGAUUUAAUCAUAAAAGAUUUGAGGAACACUUUUGAAACGGAUCCAUAUGGUAAUGGAUCAAAUCCCGAAUCGCUUUAUUUAACAUUCAAAAAAUUUGAUAAAAAUCAGAUAAAUCGAAUAAUUUCAAACAAUAAAAGCAAAUCAGAUGUGCUAGCAUUGAGUUAUUAUGAACUAGGUAAAUAUCUUCUUUCAAAUAAUAUUCAAAUGUCAAAAGAUGAUGAAAUGAAUGGGAUUAUAUGCUUAUCAAAAUCAGCAUCGUUAGGAAACGUAGAUGCGAUGGAACAAUUGGGUGAAAUAUGGACAACUAAGACAAAGAAUCAUAAGAAAGAUUUGUUCAAAGCCGCCGCUUGGUUGAGAAGUUCAGAAUUAUUUGGAGUAAAGAGUAUUGGCAAUAGUUGGAUUUAUAAGGAUAAAUAUCUUAAUUGUUCUUGA